CUGGCUAAACUAAAUUAUGAUAUUAAGUUAGUUAAAAAUAAUAAUAAUGGAAUAAACUUGUUGUCUUUGAGCUCAGUGCUGUGAAAAUUUUUCUACAUAGUAAACAAACAAUCCUUUAAUUACGAUUUCCGAGACUCUUACAUGAACGGUCAUUAAGAGGAACGCGGAACUAUGGGCCACUUACUGUGUGAGUGCACGCAAGCGUUGUCACCACGCUUGGGCCGUUACUAGGCCCAUAAUUGGGAACGCGAUGGGUAAAUGGGCCGAGCCACUUGAUAGUGUCGGAUCGCACGCGACCCGCACGCACCUCUGCCCGCAAUUUUCCACUGCGACAGGGUCACGACGUAGCAUGUAGCGACCCACCAACCCGGAUGGCGGUGCGCGUACCGCCUCGAUUGUGCUCCGCUUCGCUGCUCCUCUCCGCCUCGAGAUCCGAGACCAGCGCGGCCUUGCCCGCCGUCCGAUCGAUGUCGCCGUCGCCGUACACGACGCUGCGGGAGCGCGCGUCGUGCGAGCGCGAGAUAAAGCGCAGCAGAUUCAUCGCCAUCGCCGCCCCUGUCUCCGACGAGCGCUCCGCCCACUCCUUCCUCGCCGAGGUCAGGGAUCCCCGUGCUACCCAUAAUUGUUGGGCCUACAAGCUUGGAGAACAAUUUCGUUGCAACGAUGACGGCGAGCCUUCAGGUACAGCUGGAAAGCCAAUUUAUUCUGCCAUCGUUUCCUCUGGAAUUGAUAUGGUGAUGGUGGUAGUGAUCAGAUAUUUUGGAGGAAUAAAACUGGGGACUGGAGGACUAGUCAGGGCUUAUGGAGGUGUUGCUUCAGAAUGCCUGAAAGGUGCCUCAACUUGUAUUGUAAAACCCAAGGCUCCACUUGGUAUGGAGGUACCAUUUGAUUUGCUGGGAACAGUAUACCACCAGAACUGGAUGCUUUAUCACAGCUACAAUCUUUUCAAGUUGAGGACAUCAAACAGGACUAUGAUACUGGUAAAGAUGGUGUAACUAUGGUAACAUUUAGAGUCGACUAUGACAAAAUUGAGAGCUUGGAGGACACAAUUAACUCAACUUGCAGCCGCAAAAUACAAUUUUACAAACAUUAGCUGAGAUUGUAGUGACUGUGCUUUAUAUUACAUUAUUUAAGUGGCUAGCACUUUGUAGUUCAUUGUUGAUGUGCAUCUUAAAGCAUGUGUCUGUAUUUUUUUUUUUCCUCAUUAUCUUCAGUAAGAAUGUAUAUAAACUUAUAGGUCACAGAUAAGUAAGUGUUUUACGUUCUAAUUGAAAUAGGUUAUCUGCCACUGUAAUAGGAAGAAAUGAAUUGCUCACUCUUUGAGUUCUACUUUCAUAUCCUGAAUGAAUAUCUCAAUUAUUAUCAGAGAUAGCCAUAUUGGUUUCAA